AUUUCCGUUUCACCUACAUUUGUCAUACCUUCAAGGUGUAUCCUGUUCCAAGGGUUACCUGUAAUAUUUUAUGGUUUUCCGACGAUCUGGAGAGACUUUCGGUCUGUGAAAAAAGUGACAUUAGACUUCAAAAUGCCCCUCUUUGGUAAGAAGAAGGAUAAAACGUUAGUUGAAAACCAACAAACGGCAAGAUCGCCCCCAGAACCAAACGAACAACGCCCAAGCAAUCAACAACCUGCUCCACCUGAAUCAAAUGGAACAUCGGCACCUCGGAGCCAGCCGGUGGACCCUCCGAGGCCAAAGUUAGUGUUCCAUUGUCAGCAGGCUCAUGGUAGUCCCACUGGUAUCAUUUCCGGGUUCACAAAUGUCAAGGAACUGUACCAGAAAAUAGCAGACGCGUACGAUAUGGACGUUAGUGAUAUUUUAUUUUGUACGCUGAACACACACAAGAUUGACAUGGCGAAGUUGCUGGGCGGUCAGAUUGGACUGGACGAUUUCAUCUUUGCCCACAUUAAGGGACGGCCGAAGGAACUGGACGUUACAAAGUCUGAGGAUGCCCUGGGCUUGACAAUCACAGACAAUGGUGCUGGAUACGCGUUCAUCAAAAGAAUUAAGGAAAAUAGCAUUAUGGACACAAUGCCUUUAAUUGCAGUAGGAGAUCAUAUAGAAAAAAUCGACGGAAAGAACUUAAUAGGGUGUCGUCAUUUUGAGGUGGCGAAAAUGUUAAAAGAAAUACCAAAAGGGAGCACCUUCACCAUUAGGACGGUGGAACCCCUGAAGUCAGGUUUUUCAAAUAUUGGCCCGUCAGGGGGAAAGAAGGGAUCAAGUAAAUAUGGGUCUGGAAAGGAAACACUACGCAUCCGAUCAUCUGGGCCAGCCACUGUGGGAAUUCCUGAUGACGUGAUAAAUGUUGCCGUGGACAAGAUCAAUGGACUCCUAGAAUCCUUCAUGGGAAUCAACGAUUCAGAACUGGCAACAACAAUAUGGGAGAUGGGAAGCGCCUCGGAAAAUCCUCACGAUUUUACAACCAAGAUUGACGAGUCUGAGAUUAAGGAUUUCGGAUUUACCGACGACUUUAUAUUUGACCUCUGGGGAGCUAUAAGUGACGCCAAGCAAGGAAGGCUUCAGAAAACGGCAAAUUUUGAGGAACAGUUCUAAUGCCUAACAAAAAUACCUGUAGUCAUUUUGAUACUAGACAGAGUCGAUGAAGUAUUGAAAUCAUAGAUCCUGUAUUUGGUAUAGAUUGUGUAUUGCCAUAUCAUUGAAAAGAACGUGUCCAAUCACUGGUCAAUGUAUGUUAAAUUUGUUAAUCAUUUAAGUUGUACAAGCACCGUUCCACAAAUGUUACAUAUCUAAUGUUGAAAAUUAUUUUUAUUUUUAAUAUAUAAGUGUACUGUUAUGUAAUCACCUGUGAUGCUGAUUGUUUGACAUGCAAAUGAAAUGCAGUUUUAUUGCAAGAAACAUAAUACUUUGUUACUGUCCUAUGGUGUAUAAAUGUAUCUGAAGUUUUGUGGCUUGUAACAAAAGCUACUGGGAUUCUAUUACAUACUUAUCCAAAAAAAGGUUCCGGAAAAGAUUUUUUUUUUUGCCAAAUCCGUCAUAAGUGUUGCAACAUUUCCCUUUCAACGAAAUUAUUGCUCAAUUUGACUUAUCUCUACAAUAUUAGUUCUUUGUUCACCGAGGGUGUACUCAGUCAUCUUGACAAAAAAAUACGCUGAUAAAAAUGGAAAUAUACACAAUCUUGAUGUGAAGAUGGUGAAAAAAAUAUUCUUAAUACAAAGUACUGGAAAUAUAAGUACUGGUGGCAAGCAAAUAAGCCUAUUGCAUACAUUAUGGGCAAAAACUUAAUUACUUACUUUUCGUAUUUUCACCAAUUUGUGACUUUUCGUAUUUUUAGCAAUUUCUGACUUUUCGUAUUUUCACCAGUGUUAAGCUAUUACAGGCUUCGUCUAACAUCAAAGUUUUCAAUGUCUUUAUGUGACCAAAGAGUUUUGAUUUUAAAAAUAGAAGUACUUAUUACAACCAAACAAUAUUGUAUCUUGUUGAAAAAAAAUUGGGUUGUUUCUGAAGAAAUUUUUCUUCCAAUAUGUGAUCCUAUAAUUCACAAGAUUUAACCAAGAAACUGAUGUUAAAUAGAUCUCUAUAUUUAAAUUUCUUUGUAUGUAAAUAGCUUUAUAGAUCGCUAUACUAAAAAGUACAACACAUAUUAACAUUUAUAAAAUUUGUUCCCUAUUUUUUAUUUAGCGUGUUGAUUGCUGUAAAGUUCCCGUGAAUUCCAGUAGGUUGUAGACUGACCUUGCGUCUCAGAACCACACUUUUACAAACACUGUAACAUAUUAAUACCUUCAUAUAAUGGUAUCAACACUAAUAUUGUAUAUAAACUUUUGACUAGUUCCCGACUUUGGGACAAAAACGUUUGCCUUGAAUUUUCUCAUUCUUAAAAAAAUUCUCCAGGAAUACAUUGUCUCAUUAUUUUAACUCAUUUCAAUUAAAAAAUUAAGACUUAUUAUUGUCAUAUGAAAGUAUUCCUUCUGUGUGUAGAUUUUCCAAAACAAUAUUUAUAGCUAGUUAGGAUUUUUUUUUUUUAUAUAUACAGUAACCUUAUAAUUAGCAUAGUGUGAUAACUUAAGAAGAGUGAGGAAAGUCUGUGUAUUGUGUCAUUGAUAUAGAUAGGACUGCUUUCAUUUAACAUGUACGAAAUAAUUUAACUGGUCGGACCAGGGUUGUUCCUUUAUGAAACAGGAAUAGACCCUGUGGUCCAUAGUGGUAUGACGUUGUUUUCUCUUAUUCCUGUGUGUAUAUGACAAAACUGUCCAGGUCAAGAAAGGGGUGAAUGAAAAUUCUAUCUUGCACCCCAUUUCAUGUACGUGAUGCCAAUUACGAUGUGAUGUCAAAAAAUCGUUAACAUUUUCAUGACUUGAUGAGGAAAUCGUGACACAAUUGUUGUGGUUUUUGACCUAAUUCUGGUGAUUGAAAUGAGAGAAAAGUACUCUCUCAUGCCAUGAUUGUAGAAUAGAGAAAAUUCCACCAUCAGGAUUUUCAAGUCGGUGCAAAACUCUUGGCAAGCCUCAGAUUUUACCCGAUUCGAAAACCCCACGGAUGGAAUUUCCCCAUCCUACACCCUACAUGUGGACAUGAAAGUGUCUAAUAUUCUGGCACCGACUUUCUAGGCCUGCCCUCCUCCCUACAAAAUGUCACCAGUAGACAAAUCUGUUGUUAUGCAAUACAAAUGAAGACCUGUGGUGUCCAUUUAACUGAGAACUCAAUGUAACAAAUAUUCCAACUAUCAUAUUAAUCUUAACCAAAUCAGCAUGUCCAAGUGCAAUUUAAAAUGUCAGAUUAUUAUAAAAAUCACCCAUUUUCUAUUUCGUAAAUGAUUUUUGAGCAUUUGGAACAAAAUGGCAUAGUUGCUGUUAUAAAAAACAGAUGUUUAUUAUGUUUUGAUGAUCUUUACUGUAAACAUAGUCGUUUAAGUGGUAUUUCUAUUUAGAACUGUGCCAAUCGCAGUCAUCAAAAAGUUCAGGGCUGUCGAGAGCGCUCAUUAUGCACUUCAGCCUAUGUAAGAAGUAUAGAAUUUCAAGUACAUACAGAUUCGUUUUAAAAAGGCCAGAAAUAUGCAGGUGAGAUUUAUUUUUGAAAUCCUAGUUGAUAUCUUGGAAAGUUUUAUCUCCUAUGAAUAGUUUUCAUUAAGAUGCCUUACAGUGAGAUACAUUUAUAUGCAAUUUUCAUCUGUCUGUUGCAAAAAUGAUUUAAUGUUAUUCUUCUUAGAAUAAUUGUUCACUUAAGCCUUAACUCAUGUGUGUUUGUUAAUGAAUAUUUCUAUAUUCCACUUUAAUAUGUCGUGUUGUUUGACACUUUGUCAUCAAGUGUUCGCUAUAAAUCACUUAUAUUUCAUGCAUUGAUGCAAACAAUAUGAGCCAUAUUGAAGAUUUUGAUUUCGCGAUUUUGAUAACAUAACACCAUAUAAAUAUUAAUAUAUAUAACUCUUGUGGAUCAAACCUGAAUAUUUAAUCAUGAGAAAUUUGAAUUUUCAAAUCAUAAUUUCUUAAAUAGAGACACAUUCCCUCAAGAAAAAUAAGUUAUUUACAGUGAAUGAGUUGUUGUCUAUUAAAUGUUAAUAGAAAUAUUAAAGUACACUAAUAUAUUUUUGACAUAUUCUUUUUUAUAUGAAAAUUGUGAUAAUUGAUAGACAUUCCAUUUCUAUGAUUGCAAAAAACGCCCAAACGAAUGAAGUGCAUUUUCAGUGAUAUUUGUUCAAAUAUCAUUUUGUGAUUUUAGAAACAAAUAGUGUUACUGUUAAAAUUAUUAUUCUAAUAAGUCGUUAAUUUGUUUUAGAAAAUAUUUGUUGAGGUAUGUUCAGUUGAACUUUGAUUAGUUAACACCGACCAAACCAAUUUACUUUGUCUUGUGCUGUUUUCUUACACAUUGUUAAACUAGAUUUGCUAUAUGUAAAAAAUCCAUUUAUAUAGACACAUUUCUGUAAUUUAAUAGGGUGCAAUAGAUUUGAAUACAAAUUAAAUCUGGAGGUUUCCAAGGAGUAUGUUACAGGACAACGGUGACAAAAUUAGGCGUUGAUUAUUCUACAAUUGGAUGUUGUGAGGAGAUAUUGUGAUACACUUGUGUGCUGUCUGUACAAGCUCUAUCGUUAGGUAUGGUUUUGAUGUAGACGUUCUUGUUUUAAAUAUCGUACAUAAAGUACGUUGUUGUGAUGUAGAGAGUUUUAAAGGAGAAGGAGAAUAAAAACUAUAUUUUAUAAGGACCACCAACAGUCUUACUGUCGGACAAUAAUGAGGAAUUGAAGAAUGCAUUACUCGAUUUUCUAAAAUGGUUGACUUUAAAAAUGGUAAUUUUGUUUAUAGUAAAUACAGAAAUGUCAGCGAACAGCAUGUGUACUGUAAUUUAGAGCUUUUAAUUUCGCAAACUUCAAGCUUUUUCCUUAAAAUAUUUCAUCAAGUUGUUUUCCUUGUGUUUCUUUAAAGUAGAAUUUUGUCUAGUUUCCAGCAGGUUUUUUCCAGUCAUAUAGUAACAACAAUGAAUGUUGCGUUUGUUGAAUUUUAUUCAUAAGAACUUUUUUAUAAUGUUACAGAAACCUCAAGGGAAAUCGUUCUACAAAGUAUUGAACCGUUUUUCUACUGUACGGAUUCUAUCAUAACUUCCUUACGAAGGAAACACAUUCAUAACAACAUAGAUCAUUUCAUAUUCAUUAAAUAAUUAUGAUUGUUAUACAAUUAUUCACCAUGCUUUAUGUAUGAAAACUGAUCCUUGUUCUAUUCAUAAUUCAUCAUUUGUUGCAAAAACUUUCGUCAUCCCGCAAUUAUCAUAAAUAUGCAUUGUAUGUAGCCCCGACAUCUCAACAGUACAGCUUGCUGUUUCUCUCGUCAAUGAUACUGUAAAAAGCUUACGUUUUGCUCACAUUUAUUUUCGCGGACUGAUAUUUCCGUAUCUAGUGUUCAGAUAUUAUUUAUCCAUUACACCACUCAGCGUGCAUGGCUCAUGUCGGGUAAACAUUUUAACUUACAUGAACUAACAUAAAUGUCAAAACCAAGUAGUCUACAGAGGUUGACGAGUGAUGGAGUAAAAACUUUGAAUUCCCUGGUGAUUGUAAAACAUGAUUUAUUUAUUUUCAUUUAUUGCUAUAUAUAGCCUAAUUACUACUUUGACAUAAUUCUUAAACUUUUGAUUGCUUGCCUUUAUGUUGGUUUUACCAGCUUGGCUGAUUUUGGAUUGCUUGCCUUAAUGUUGGUUUUACCAGCUUGGCUGAUUUUGAAUUGCUUACCUUUAUGUUGGUUUUACCAGCUGGACUGGAGUCAGUUUAUUGAAAACAUCAGUGGAAUAUUACAAAAUGAAAUCAAAUACUUUCAUUUAAGUUUGAAAACGUAAGUAUUGUCAGAUUAUAACUUCUCCAUUUUAACAUCAUUCAUUCGCCCAACAUAUUAGUACUGUCCCAUUUAGUGUACUGCCUGGUUACAUGUAGAAUACCAUCAACAGUGUACCUCUGUCGAUCAUUGUAUACUACAAACCUCUUUUGACAAAACAAACUGAAAAAGCCAGCAUUUCAAAACAUUGCCUGCAAAUUCUGUGAUUUAUAUUUAAGAAAGCAGUUUGUCCGAAUGCUCUUUAAUUAUUUCAAUAUUUAACUUUCAAAGUGUUGAUUGUGAUAUUGCACACUUAAGUUUUAUUAGCUCACCUACCCGAACAUAUGAGCUGUGUGUCUGUCAUCAUUGAACCAAAAUAUACAAAAAAAAAAAAAAUUAAGGAAAAGAUAAAUAAGUGUUUUGUUGAAAUUAAGCUGGAAGUUUGGUUUGUAGUGACCUGUGUGAUAAGUAUAUUGUCUAAAUACAAAGGAUUAUGUACACACUGUUUCAGGCAGAUUUCACCAUUAAUUCAUACAUUGUCAUGGCUACCUGUGUGUUGUUGUGCAUCAUCUCUGGUCUGUAAUGGUAACAAAAUAAAUGAAUUUAAUGUUACUCAA